AUGAAUAUUGGCACUUCAUCACAGCUGCAAUUAGGUGCUGACAGUCAUGAUGAUAUGCUGUCACACCUACACAUGAAGUUUGCUCAGAAGUUGCUGAGCAGACAGAGCUCCAACUUUUCCAAAAGAACUGUCACCAACACGGAUGUAGAGGCAUGCCUGACAAACUUGAAGACGGAAGUCUCCUCAUGUUUACCCAAAGAGAACAGAAAGUCCUACAGCGUGACAUGGCAGGCCGGAGGUGUCCAGCCGUCCAGCAACCCAGAACAUGGCCAGUACAUCACCGAGCUGUGUCAAGACUUCGUGGAGAGGGUCAAGCUUCUUAUUCAGGCUGACCAGCUUGCCAAGGAGACUCUGAUUCGACAGAGGAACUACGCCUCCCAAUACGGGGAGGUGCUACAUCAUGCUCACUUCUGCCUGACUAAGUGCCAGUCAUUCUGUGGCCAGGAGCAGACGCUUGAACAGAUCAAAGCCUAUGUCCUUGACCCUAGCAACCGGAAGCCGCUGGUCCUGCAUGCACAGUCCGGCGCCGGCAAGACAUCGGUGAUGGCAAAAGCUAUGAGUAGCCUGAGAUCAUGGGUCAAAGAGGAUCAUGUGGGUGUGAUUCGCUUUUUGGGGACGUCGAUGUACAGCACUGAUAUCUACUGUGUGCUGCGCAGUGUGUGUGGUCAGCUGGCCGACAACGCCCAAGUCAUAAUGGAACCUCAAGGCUAUAAGACCAUGAAGGCCUUGGUUCAGUACACAGCCAGAUUUUUCCGGGCUAUGUCCAACACACUGAAACAGCCGAUCAUAAUUUUCCUGGACUCCCUGGAUCAGCUAGAGUCCAGCUACGACGCAUACUCAUGCUGGUGGCUUGCUGUCAAUCUGCCUGCCAACUUUAAGCUGAUUUUGUCCACGCUGCCCACUGAGCAUGGUAUUCUGGGGAACCUGAGGAAAGUGGUGGGAGAGGACAAAAACUUUCUGGAGGUGCAGGUGUUGCCUCCAGACACAAGCCAGGAAAUUGUGGACAAGUAUCUGACCUUGAAGCAGAGGUGUGUCACGACAGAGCAGAUGAAAUUCAUACUGGACACGUUCCAGAAGUCUCCGCAGCCCCUCUACCUCAAGCUGCUGAUGGAUGAGGCGCUGGGCUGGAGCUCCCAACGGGCUGUUUCCAGCCUAACACUGCCUGGUUCCGUGCGAGAAGCCAUCACCCAGCUCUUCCAACAACUGGAGGUCAAGUUUGGGCCAGUGUUUGUGCGGUCGGCGCUGGGUGUGUUGACCGCCGGACUCAAUGGACUCAGCGAGAUUGAGCUGGAGGAUGCAGUCUCAUGUGUGGAUGCUGCGAUGGUGGAGGCGUAUAAGUACCACGACCCUCCCGUGCCGGGCAUGGUUCGAGUCCCUACAGUCAUGUGGGCCAGGCUCCGGUACGACAUCCAGGAGUACCUUGUGGAAAGACAGUCACAGGGGCAAAUUACUCUAUGCUGGUACCACCGACAGUUUAUAGAGGUUGCAAGGGAGAGGUAUACACAGGGCGAACAGGGGCAAGAACUUCACCGGGUCCUGUUUGAGUACUUUGCCUCUGAGAGUGGAGUGAAGAAGGACAUCACUUUGACGCAGCGCAGAAAUCUCCACAUCCCAGCGGCUGACCGGAACACAACACCCCAGGUGAUGACCUCGGCCAACCUGAGACAACUGGAGUGUCUACCAUAUCACCUGCGCAAAUCUCUCAGCGUUAUAGAUCUAGAGUUUGCCAAAAAGAAGACUUACUGUAACCUGACCUACAUCCGCUGCAAAGUGGCUGCAGUCGGGGUGGACAGUUUCAUCCACGAGAUGGAGAAGUUCCUGAGCGCACAUAAAGAUUGCGAGGUGGAGCAGGUUGUCAACUUUGUCCAGCGGUGUAAGACCUCUCUGCGGGAUGCGGCUGUCUGUGCCUUCUCCGUGCUGGCGCACAUCACGACCACCCCAUCCCAAACGGCCCUCAGAUACCUCAAGGACUGUGCUCGCUCCUACCUGACAAGUCAACGAAGAACGGCAUUAAUUCCUAGUCUUGCGUGUCUGGCGCCACGUCAUGGGGAAGCUGACAAAUCCCUGGUCGGUCUGUCCAGCGUAAUGCUACGGGGAAACGACGUCAUGGUGCUCACAGAUUCAGGCACAGGUGGUGAAGCCUUGGGAGAUGGUGAGGAGAAAGUGACCGUGCUGUCCCGAGUCGACCUGUCCACCUUCGAGGUUAUCAAGUACAUGUGCGCUGGAGUCACGGGCCGGCCAGUGCUCACUGCAGACGGGAAGGACUUAAUUUACCUCUCUUCUGAAAAUUGGACACUGGUUAUAGAACGGUCAAAUGGUGAGCAGAAAUGUACAGCAGUGGCAGAGAUUGUGAGCAAGUCAGAGUGCCAGGCCCUCCGCACCUCCAGCUCGGAUUGCCAGUUGGCUACAUCAGAUGAUGGGAAGCUCCUGGCCAUGUCUAUCGGAGGAAAGAUUUUCCUGUUGACUUACCCAGAGUUAAAGCCUGUAGCAGAUUUUCACAUGGAAGCGCAAUCUCACGUGACCAAUUUGCACUGUAUCGGAGGUCGCAGUCUGGGUAUGGUUGCCUCAGGUUGUCUGUCCAUCGAGGCCGAGCCAGCCGUCCAGGGGGUAGUCACUGUGUGGGGGGAGUCACAGAAACCUGCUAUCGAGGUCUCUCAUACAACUUUCAGGAUCGAACCUGGGGCUUCUAGUAUCACAGCUGGACAAGAUUACCACGUGUGCUAUGGGGAAGAGGAGAGUGGUAAAUCUAUGAUUGAGGUCCGGAGGAUCCGCCCGACAGAAGUGACUGGCAGGAUCUCAGUCACUGGUGACGUCCGGUGCAUGAACCUCUCUCCCACGGACACCCAGGUCUGGUUCCAGGUUGGCGACUGUAAUCUCCAGCUACUCAAUGUGGAGACACGCUCGUUUGAUAAGACUCUGGAACACCCAAAGAAUGUUCGCGCCUGGGAGGUUUCCUGGGAGAUGGACAGAGUCCUCAUAGCUGACGUAGACAACUGUAUUUCCAUAUACCAAGCCGGCAACUUGAAAUUGGUCCAGUCUCGAGUACUUGCCGGGGCAUCCAUCACAGCGUUGGGGUUUUACCAGGACCAAAUUGCUUUACUGAACGAGGAAGAAAAGUUGAGCUUUUGGAACCAGAAGGAGUUUUUCCUGGGAGAUCUCGUGUCCAAAGUCUCUGAGACUGCAGGUGUGGAUAAUUCCAAAGUGUUGGAAUACCAGCGUGACAUCAUAUGCCUGACAGUGUCUGCAGACGGCCGGGAACUGAUCACUGUUGGUCGAGAUCGGCGGUGCAAGUGUUGGUCACUGGCUGACAACAUGCUGGUCAGAGAGUUUGAUCUGGACAUUGUGGGCUCGGAGCUGUACGUGCUUCCUGAGGACAAGCUAAUGGUGCGGGAUGGGGACAACAUGCAACUGCGUGUCUAUUGUUUGACCAGUGGGCUCAUAUAUUGCGACAGUCUUCCCGCUCAAAUCGCUUGCCUCAGCCUCAUGACCAACAGAACCAAAGCACUUCUGGUUGCCAUGGAAACGAAACCAGUCCUCUACAUGUACGACAUCAAGUCCAACUCGAGCAGCAAGAUCUUCUCCGUCAAUGCCAACUUCCGCUUUGUAAGCUGUCAGGUGAUGGUCAGUCGGUCGGAGCGUUAUGCUGUACUCAAAGCCGAGGUCACCCAGCGAGAGUAUGACUCCAUCGCUGCUUUGUGGACCAAGGGAAAAGUCUUGCCCAAGCAGAAGCACCCGUUCCGUUUUGUGGCCGUGGACUUGUCACAGAAAUCUGGGGCACCUCUUUACGCCUUCCACCGACUGUCUAAGGUACCGCAUUUGGGUGUGGCUGUGGAGCCAUAUCUUGGCAAUAUCUUUAUGGUCAGCACCCGCCGCUGGGUGAUGUUCUGGGACGUACCCACUGGCAGUUGUGACCAGACCAUGUGCAAAGCCACUCGCAAGACCAAGAUGUACCGGCCCGACUGGGUGGGUCGUGGAUGUGUGGGUGCAAACACUGUACUCCAGAUGUCGUUUGACCUCAAAUACAUAGCUGUGGGCUCGCAAGACGGAUACCUCAUGGUCUACGUCGCUGAAACUGGCAUGCCCGUCGGGAUGAAAGCUCCUACCAGCAAACACCCGUCGCCGGUGAUCCAGGCAUGUUUCUCUCCCUCCGGCGAGCUUGUGGCCUCCGCCUGCACUAGUGGUCUGGUUAAUCUGUGGCAAGUGCACUCCGCAACCUCCCUCUUCUCUGUAUCCGUGGGCUCAGAGAUCCAGAACUUGACCUUCACAUCUUCGGGGGACAAGCUGGUAGCUGUCACAGUGUCUGAGGUCAGUCGUGUCCUCGUCUUUGAAGUACAAGAGGUCAUAAGUCAGUAAGUGACGUCUGUUGGCUGUUGUUGAAUGCGAGGUCAUAGGUCAGAAAGGGAUGUCUGUUGGUG